GUGCCACUAAAUAGGGUUUACAUUGUUUCAUCAAUCACUAAACAAAAACCACUUUGUGCCCUACUUGCUUACAUUGACUUUUUUAUUCUUAUUUUUCCAGAACCCUUCUCUAUUUCCUCUUCGGAUAUUUCUAUAUAAUAACAUUGACAAUUCCGAUUUAUCAACAACGAUCUCAGAAAAAAAAGGCUUCAUUUUCAGUACCCCAAUUGGAAAAAGAACUCAACUUUCAAUCCCAUUUUCCAAUUUAGCAAGUUUUCAAUGGAGAAUGAUGUUGGGUCACCUCAGGGUCCGGUUACUUGCGGGUCAUGGAUUCGGAGACCCGAAAAGCUCAACUUAGUUGUUCUUGGAAGGUCUAAGCGUGGAAAUUCUUGUCCUGCUCUACUUCAGAUUUUCUCAUUUGAUCCUAAAAUUGUUUCUUUGUCUACUUCCCCUCUGGCCAAUUAUGUGUUAGAAGCAGAAGAAGGCGAUCCUGUUGCUAUUGUUGUGCACCCUAGUGGUGAUGAUUUUAUGUGCUCUUUGAGCAAUGGUAGUUGCAAAUUGUUUGAGCUGUAUGGUCAUGAAGCAAACAUGAAGCUGUUGGCCAAGGAACUAACCCCUCUACAGGGUAUUGGAUCCCAGUCAUGUAUUACUUUUAGUGUUGAUGGAUCUAAAUUCGCUGCUGGUGGGUUGGAUGGACAUCUCAGAAUUAUGGAGUGGCCUAGCAUGCGCACAAUUUUGGAUGAACCAAAAGCACACAAAUCUGUCCGGGAUAUGGAUUUUAGUCUAGACUCGGAAUUUCUAGCUUCAACUUCUACUGAUGGUUCAGCAAGAAUCUGGAAGAUUGAAGAUGGUGUUCCCUUGACUACUUUGUCUCGCAACUCGGAUGAAAAAAUUGAAUUAUGUCGAUUUUCCAAGGACGGAACCAAACCGUUUUUAUUUUGUGCUGUUCAAAAAGGUGACAAGUCUCUCACUGCAGUUUGGGACAUGAGCACAUGGAACAGAAUUGGGCAUAAGAGGCUUCUUAGAAAGUCUGCGUCAGUAAUGUCCGUUAGCCACGACGGGAAAUACCUUUCGCUGGGAAGUAAAGACGGAGACAUUUGCGUAGUUGAAGUAAAAAAGAUGCAGAUACACCAUUAUAGUAAGAGACUACACCUCGGUACAACUAUUUCAACCUUGGAGUUCUGUCCUAGUGAAAGGGUUGUACUUACAACCUCGGUAGAAUGGGGAGCAUUGGUCACUAAACUGAAUGUACCUAAAGAUUGGAAAGAGUGGCAAAUCUACUUGGUGCUUUUAGGACUAUUUUUAGUGUCAGCAGUUGCAUUUUACAUAUUCUUCGAGAACUCCGAUUCAUUCUGGGGAUUUCCAAUGGGAAAAGACCAACGACCAAGGUUUAAACCAAUGAUAACAGACCCUCAAUCAUUUGAUGAUCAAAAUGUUUGGGGACCGGUAGAUAUGUGACCGCUACCGCAUCGACAACAUUCUUUGAUGUUGUUUGAUUGGAAGCAGUAUCAGUAGUAGUUGUAAUGUAAGUGGUAUCAACAUUUAUCUCAGGAGGGACUACACAUUCUAGAUUUAGAGAAUUGAUUGCUAUUACUAGAAUUUACUUUUAUUUCCUUUACUUUUUGCUGAAAAUUUUAAACCCAAAAAAGCCAUUAUUGAUAUGUAAUUUUAUAAGUAGGAAUAGUCAAAUUGGUUCUUGAAAUA